AUGAGCAACGGGCAACAGCAGCCGAACGCUUACUACUUGCCCGAGCCGGAGUUGCAGGCGCCACUUGCGGGUUACCACCCUUCACCGCAGCAGGACGCUCCCUACUACCUACCGCAGCAGCGCACACCCUGUGUCACGGCGCCACCGCUACAAGUGAGCGCUUUAAGAUCAGUCGAUCACAAGAAGAAGAAAGAGGAUGACUGUUGGACAGACUGCUGGACGGACUGCUGCCCGGACUGCUGCUUCUGGAUCCUCUACGUAGUCUUGUGCAAAAGUGACUGAGUGUUUGAGGAUGGAGCGCCGGAAAGAGAAGCAACGUCAGAGCUCCCACAGAGGAAAGCUUCUUCGCCACAAUGGUGCGGCGUAUGAAAUUUCAAGCCAUGGCUGGCGUGCAUAUCUUGAAAUACUAGGCGUUGCAAGUGGGCGGAGCCAAAGACAA